AUGUUUACUAAAUACUUGGCGAUUUUGACUACUUUGACAGUAUUAACAUCUGCUUCACCCACUUUACUCAACGUAGUUGAAGAUGUUGCAUCACUAGAACAAGCUCAAAUUAAAGUUGAUGUACAAUUUCCAGCUCAUACCAAAUACAUUAAUGGCAAUAAAGAAGAGGAUACUUUUUUCGGUGAUGGAUCUAAAAGUACCACUCAUCAGUUCAAAUUCGAUCCUGUAGAGACUACAGAGGAUCGAUGGAAGCAAGCCGGGCCAUUUUACUGGUUAAUAUAUGAUGAAAAAGCUGAUAUCGAUAAAUUGGAAGAUAAAGAUAUUCUUUAUCGUAUGACUUGCUACGCUCAACACCUGAAAUCCAAUACCUCUCCUACAGCUCAUUCCAUGGAAUUACUCACGACCCCUCCAUUUAUCAAUAGCUUGGGUGAGGAGACCACAGAAGAAAUGAUCAAGAUCGUCAAUGUAGUUUGUGGCGGAGAUGGUUGUGUCAAAGAAGAUGGAUGUGGAGAUGCAGAGGAACCUGAAUUUAGUCGAGAGUGGCUUGACAAUUACUUUGUGAAUUUACUAUCACUAUAG